AUGUACGGAGUACAGGGACCAAAGAAGGGGGGCUCAGGACAUUUCCAGGCUGGGGUUGUGGUCACCAAGCUCUCCCUGCUCCUGGGAAGUUCCUGUCAGUACCCAGUGCCCACACUGAAGGCCUUAUCCACAGUAGUUUUUGAGAAAGGGGCCCUAACUUGGAAUGCUUCCCCAGCAAGGACACCUCCGGCCCGGGCAUCUCCGGCACGGGCAUCUCCAGCACGGUCAUCUCCAGCAAGGACAUCUCCAGCCCAGGCAUCUCCAACUCGAGCCUCACCUUCCAGGUCGUCAUCUGACAGGUCAUCGUCUGCUAGGUCGGCCUCUGCAACAUCCUCUCCAACGAGAGUGUACCUCGUUAGAGCAACACCAGUGGGGGCCGUACCCAUCCGGGCAUCUCCUGCCAGGUCAGCGCCAGCCACCAGGGCCACCGGGGAGAGCUCAGGUAACAGCUUGCCCAAGUUCUCCUGGCAGGAGGGCCAGAAGCGGCUGCCACUCAUCGGCUGUGUCCUUCUCCUCAUCGCCCUCGUGGUGUCCCUCAUCCUUCUCUUCUACUUCUGGCGGGGCCACACAGGAAUCAAGUACAGAGAGCCGGUAGAGAGCUGCCCCAAGCACGCUGUCCGCUGUGAUGGGGUGGCUGACUGCAAGCUGAAGAGUGACGAGCUGGGCUGUGUGAGGUUUGACUGGGACACGUCUCUACUUAAAGUCUACUCUGGACCCUUCCAUCAGUGGCUUCCCAUCUGCAGUGACAGCUGGAAUGAUUCCUACUCAAAUAAGACCUGCCAGCAGCUGGGCUUCGAGAGUGCUUAUCGGACAACUGAAGUGGCCCACAGGGAUUUUGCCAGCAGUUUCUCAAUCUCCGAAUACAACUCUACCAUCCAGGAAAACCUCCGCAGGUCUGAAUGCCCUUCCCAGCGGUACGUCUCUCUCCAGUGUUCCCACUGUGGGCUGAGAGCCAUGACCGGGCGGAUCGUGGGAGGGGCGCUGGCCCCAGAGAGCAAAUGGCCUUGGCAAGUUAGUCUGCACUAUGGCACCACCCACAUUUGUGGGGGUACACUCAUCGAUGCCCAGUGGGUGCUCACCGCCGCCCACUGCUUCUUUGUGACCCGGGAGAAGAUCCUAGAGGGCUGGAAGGUGUACGCGGGCACCAACAACCUGCACCAGCUGCCCGAGGCAGCUUCCAUCUCCCAGAUCAUCAUCAAUGGAAACUACACCGACGAGCAGGACGACUAUGAUAUUGCCCUCAUGCGUCUCUCCAAGCCUCUGACCCUGUCAGCUCACAUCCACCCUGCCUGCCUCCCCAUGCACGGGCAAACCUUCAGCCUCAACGAGACCUGCUGGAUCACAGGCUUUGGCAAGACCAGGGAGACAGAUGAGAAGACAUCCCCCUUCCUCCGGGAAGUGCAGGUCAGCCUUAUUGAAUUCAAGAAGUGCAAUGACUACUUGGUCUAUGACAGUUACCUCACCCCUCGGAUGAUGUGUGCCGGGGACCUUCGUGGCGGCAGAGACUCCUGCCAGGGAGACAGCGGCGGGCCUCUUGUCUGCCAGCAGAACCACCGCUGGUACCUGGCGGGUGUCACCAGCUGGGGCACAGGCUGUGGCCAGAGAAACAAACCUGGUGUGUACACCAAAGUGACAGAAGUCCUCCCUUGGAUUUACAGCCAGAUGGAGAGUGAAGUGCACUUCCAGAAAUCCUAA